AUGAGGGCCAAUUCUGUUGUGCGGGCGCAUUCCCUCGCCUCCAGUUGUCUUCGCAUUUCCGCUCGUUCGGCGUCUCGCCUUCCUUCACGAUGCGCACUCUCUACCGCUGCAGCGUCGCGGACACCCUACACUAAUGGCACAAAGACUGAUGCAUGGAUAUGUAACCAGAAGACCUUUAUGCAGAGGAGGUGGCAAUCUGCAGCUGCUCAAGUGCUGGAGCAAGCUAAAGAGGACCCGUCAGCAUUGACGCAAGAGAAGAUUGUCGAAGGCCUGGAUCCUGUAGAAUGGGAACGACUUUCUCGAGUCCGCAACAUCGGAAUCGCCGCCCACAUCGACUCUGGAAAAACCACCGCCACCGAACGCGUUCUCUACUACACCGGGCCGCAUCAACAGUAUACAUGA